AUGAAUAAUUCGGUUCAACUUGCUAAUCAAACGCAGCGCAAAAGCAAUCAAAACGUGCAAGUUUACGUGCGCAUAAGACCACUUAAUGGGCGUGAGAUUAUUGAGGUUGUCUCGCCCAAGGAGAUUGUAGUGCAUUUUCCUAAAGAAUCGAAAUUAACCAAAACAUUUACAUUUGAUCGUACUUUUGGUCCGGAGUCCAAGCAAUUAGAAGUUUACUUAUCGACAGUAGCGCCACUUAUUGACGAGGUAUUAGCUGGCUACAAUUGCACUGUGUUCGCUUAUGGGCAAACGGGUACCGGCAAAACGCAUACCAUAGUGGGUGAGAAAUCUGCUGAAUUGAAAUCCGCAUGGAAUGAUGAUUCCGAUAUUGGCAUAAUACCACGAGCUUUGUGUCAUCUUUUUGAUAUAUUACGCACGCUGAAAUUGGAAUUCUCAAUGCGUGUUUCGUAUUUGGAAUUAUAUAAUGAAGAGCUUUGUGAUCUGCUAUCCUCGGAUGACAGCAUUAAAAUACGUAUUUUCGAUGAUAGCACAAAAAAAGGUUCAAUUAUUAUCCAAGGAUUGGAAGAAAUAUCUGUUCACAGCAAAGAUGACGUGUACAAACUACUUGAGAAGGGAAAAGAACGGCGAAAAACGGCCACUACUCUAACGAAUGCUCAUAGUUCACGCUCGCAUACUAUUUUUUCGAUACUAGUACACAUCAAAGAGAAUGGCUUAGAUGGCGAAGAAAUGUUAAAAAUAGGCAAAUUAAAUCUAGUGGAUUUAGCAGGUAGUGAAAACGCUAUUAAAACGGGUAAUGAAAAGGGUACACGUGCCCGUGAGAUGGUGAAUAUAAAUCGAAGUCUAUUGACUUUGGGACGCGUUAUAAAUGCUUUAGCGGAACGUGGCCCGCAUAUACCAUAUCGUGAAUCUAAAUUGACCCGUUUACUGCAAGAAUCGUUGGGUGGCCGCACUAAAACUUCAAUAAUAGCUACUAUUUCGCCCGGCCUUCAGGACAUGGAGGAAACAUUAGGCACAUUAGAAUACGCUUAUCGAGCUAAGAAUAUACAAAAUAAGCCGGAGGUUAAUCAAAAACUUAAUAAGCAAACUAUUCUUAAGGAAUACGCCGAUGAAAUUGAUAAACUUAACCGUGAUUUAACGGCAGUACGUACCAAAAAUGGUAUCUAUUUAGCUGAGGAAAUCUAUAAUGAAAUGAUAUUUAAAAUGGAUUCGCAAGAUCGUGAAAUAAAUGAGAAUGUACUGCUAAUGAAAGCCUUGACGGAAGAAUUGCAAUACAAGGAAAAUAUAUUUAACGAAGUUAGUUGGACUUUGUUGGAAAAGACUGAAGAAUUGAAAAAGACCGAACAGCAUCUCAAUGAAACUGAGUGCGAUUUAUUGCAAACUGAAAGCAUUUUACAAAAGAUCCAACGACGUUACGUGGAAAAGAGAGUUAUUGUAGAAUCCCACAUGAAAACUGAGGAAGUAUUAACCGCCCAGGCUUCAAAACUACUGGAAGUGGUUGACGUAGCCAUCCAGGAUACGCAAGCUUUACACGACACCAUUGAUCGACGCAAAGAAAUUGAUAGCAAAAUACAAUCUGUUUGUGAAAGAUUCUCAGAACGCAUGAAUAACAAAUUCGAGUUAAUGAAUGAAGAAUUGAAUGAUCUAAAAAUGCAACAUCGAAAUCUUACCCAGACUCUCGGUGAUGAGUUACCGACCGCCGUUUCGCUACAAACGCAACAUAUAGAAAAAGUUGAAUUAAACGUAAAAGACUUCAGUGAGUUAUGUGAGCAAUCUUUGACUAAGGCUUACAAUAUUAUUGAUGAUUUUACUGGAAGCUUUGACGACUUGAAAAAAAAUUUUUCUCAAAUCGAGCAAUGUAACCAACAACAGAAAUUAACUAUCGACCAUAUGCGCAGCGAUAUUACCCAAAUUUUAAAUGAGGGGCAAAUCAAACUAGAAACGCACACCGAACAGUUGCAAAACAAAGUUGAAAUCAUAAAACAAUGUACGGAAGAAAAUCGACGACAAUUUCUAAAAAUAAAUGAAAUUAUGGAGAAAGAGCGUGCUUUGGAAUGUGAGGAACAAGAAGUGCUUGAGAAAUUUCAUAAGGAUAUGAAGGAUAUACAAGAGCGUCGGUUCGCUGAAAUGCUUGAUAUACAAAAACGUCGUUGCGCUGAAUGUGAUGCUAUGAGCACAUCCGUGGAUACCAUAAGCACAACUAAUCAGAAAUUCUCAAGUGAAUUAGACAAGAAAUCAAAUUUGGAUUUUGAAUAUUUAAAGCAACGUCAAGUUGACUUCUUAGAGCACCGGAAAAUAGCAGAAAAUCAUAGUGCUGAAGUGGAACGACAUGCUGAACGGAAUAUGUCGAUGUGCGCUGCUCUACUGGGGCAGUUAGACAACAUGCACGAGAAGAGAGAACAACGAUUGCAAGUUUUCAUGGAUACUCAUGACUCUUACACUCCGCGUAUGCAGCAUUUAAUCAAUGCUUAUGAGAAUCAAAUGAAAUGUUUAAGUCUGGAAUCGUCUAAGCAAGCGAAAAUAUCAACAGAUCACUUAAAGCAGUUAACAGUAGAAAACGAGCAACAUCUAAAGAAGCACAUUACGGCAGCAGGUAAUUUGAAUUUGACCGUUGAGAAUGCUUUAAAAGAUUAUGCAAAAACGUGUCAGAAAACAAUCAAGGCCUGUGUGAAUGAUAUGAACGUUUUUAAGGAAGAUGAAUUGAAAACUUAUACACCGAGUGGCUCGACACCUUCGAGAAAAGAGUUUACCUAUCCACGCGAGUUAGCGGCAACAUCGCCAGACAAACGUAUUGUCGAACGUCUCCACCAGGAAAUUGAUUGUUCAGAUAUCGACGCCACGAUGCCUAUUGAAGAGGAAAUAUUCUUAGAGGACGAUCAUAUUGAAGACUCAAUGCAACUACUCUCAGACACUCAGACAGUCGUACGCAAUUCCACACUAGUUGACGCGGAAGUCUUACCGACGAAAUAAUUUAUCUGCCAGCGCAGCGUUGUAAUUGCAAAUAACCAAACAAUAAACCAAUUAACGAUCAGUGACCAUUCGCCAGGUAAACUUUCGCUGAAUAAUAACUCGCCAAGGAAAAGCUCACGUCUUAAUCGUUCUUAUUUAAACAAACAUAAAGAA